UCUCUCUCUGAGCUCGCUCCGUAAUGGGGAAGGCUGGCUGGAUGACCAACAGACGACCGUGGGGAAUUUUACACACAAGCGCUUAAUUCCUUUCGUAUCCUGUGGUUUGGAAAUCUCUCUCUCCCUCUCUCUCUCUCUCUCUCUCUCUCUCUCUCUCUCUCUCUCUCUCUCUCUCCCAUUCCCGCCGAUAGGAGGUGGAUGAGACUCGAGCUAAAAGGACAGGUGGUUUUCCAGAGAGAGUAUAAACAGAGUUGUGUGAGUGAGUGACUGCGGUACACUGCAUGAGUUUCUGCAAAGUUCCCGGCAAGAUGCAUGAACUUAUAGAAGCUUGGAAACCACUGUUGUGUUGUACCAGUUAGCACACCUGAGAGUAACUUGAGUGGUCUGUCUGUGUCUGCUGGCAGGUGACGUCACAUAGACCGGCGCCCGCACCCCGCCAUGGCGUCCAGCCCACCUGAUGGCUCACAGGAAUUGUCCCAGGAAAUGACGACAGAAUCAGCUACACGGGAGCUGUGCAAUGGUGUGGUGGAAGGAAAUGAGGCACUGGUGAGGUCUGCUCUUGCUAUGGGUGCCCGCCCUGAUGUCACUCUCCCUACUCAGUCUGGGGUGUCAUUGUGUCUGGUGUGCGUGGCUGCCAGUGAGGGCCACGACCACCUACUGCCUCACCUACUCCAGGCAGGGCUGAACAUAGAAGGUGGAUGUAACUAUGACAAGACACCGCUGAUGGUGGCUGCUGAGAGGGGCCACACCCAGACAGUGAAGGCAAUGCUCUGUCUCGGCGCGAACCCUCUGGCUACUGAUAGGCUAGGUGAGAGGGUAUGCUGGUGCUGGUGGUAGUGGUGAUGGUGGUGGUGGUGCUGAUGGAGACAGAGGUGUUUUUGAAGAUACUUGUGGUUGUGGUGGUGAGUGUUGUUGCUUUUGUUGUUGUUAGUAGUGGUGGAUGAAUUAUGGUAGCGGCAGAGGUGGUGUUAGCGGUGGUGGUGGUGGUGGUGGUUCAAGUUUGGGAUAUUAGUUGUUAAUGUUUUCUCUUAUUUUUCUACUUCUACGACUUCUACUACUACUACUACUACUACUACUACUACUACUACUACUACUACUACUACUACUACUACUACUACUACUACUGCUGCUACUAC